AUAUAUUUAAAUUAAAUAGAAAAGCAUAAAUUUAAGUUACUGAUUUAGAUCUUUAAAUAACUACACAUAAAUUAUUAGCAAAAUCAAAUAUAAAUAAGAAUUUGGCAUUUAUAAUAUUGUUAGAAAAUUUAAUAGAACAUAAAGAAAUAUGGGAAGGAAUUAUAAUGUUUAAAAAAUUAGUUGCGUUUAAAGUUAAAUAUUAUAAUUAAACAAAAAUAGAAUUUAGAUUUUAAAAUGGCUUAACUGAUGCAAUAGCAUAACUUAGGGGUGCUUUAAAUAGAAAAUAAUGGAAAUAAGAUCCUUCUGUAAAAUAAUUUACAAAUUAAAUAGAUAAAGUUUUAGCUGGAAAUGUUUAUACUGGGAUGAGAGAUUUAUAAAGUUUAUUUUAAAAUGCAAAAGAAUUGAGAGAAAUAAGCGAAUAUUUAAAAAAAAAUAUAAACUCUUAUGAUAAAACGAGAGAAAUAUCAGAGGCUGAUAAUAUAUUAAAUGAUCUAGGAUAUUAUUAAAUAAUUUCAAAGUCUACAUGUUUAUUAAGUGCUGGGGAAGUCUUAUAGGCUUGUCAAAAAUUUUAAUAAUUAGGAUUUAAUGCAAAAGUUAAUGAAUAUGAUGGAAUCAAAGUCAUUGAAUCAACCACAUAUAAUGAAAAUGAAGAUUUUUAAAAUAAUAUAGGAAAAUAUAUUAGUUAUGAAAUAGGAGUUACAGCUGAAUAAUUAGCUAAAAAUUUAAAACUAUCAGUUUAAGUUACAAGAAUUAAAUUAAAUAAAGCUAUGAGUAUAGGAAAAGUAAUAUUAGCAGAUAGAAUUGAAGGGAAAUCAUAUUUUAAAAAUAUUAUUUUGGAUUUAAAAUGA